CGUUCCUUCAUUCCACACAUCCACCGUGGGGCUUUUAUUAUAUCUUUUUUGCUCCCCAACGAAACGACCGUAUUUUCUACCUAUUCUUGAUUUGUCGUUUUUGCUCAACGUACAGUUCCCUCGCUCAUGUUCGUCGUUCUUCGUGGAUAAAAUCGUGAUUCAUCUCUUGCCAUUAUUAUAUUGGACGCGAUUCCUCCAAUUCUCCCCACAACAUUUAAUUUUUUCGCAAUAAAAAAUUGUGUGGCUUACAUGUUUUUCCAUAUUUCUCCCCAAAAAUAUUAUCAAUUUUCAUUAAAAUUGCAAAGAAAAUUAUAAAUUUAAAUCUUUUCUUUUGGUUUGAGUAGAUUUUUAUUGAAUUUUUUUUUUCCAACAAGACAAAAGAAUUAAAAACGUGUGCAGGAAAGUGCGAUAAAACCAAGAAAACAAGAAUCGGAUUUCCGUAAUUGGUUUUUGCAACAAAAAAAAAAGAAAGAAAGAAUUGAAAAAAUAAAUUAGAAAAAAAGUUAGGUAAAGGUGUUGUUUUUUUUUUUCUUUGCAAAGACGUGAUAAUGAAAAGUGCAUUUUCACCAGUUCAAUGGAUUUUACCCGUUGUCCAAUGUCAAGAGGGACCGUCACAUUUGAAACGUGCCAGUACAGAUAAAUUAAAAGAAGUCUUCCUUAAGUAUGCAUCACAACAAAAAGAUGGCGAAGCCUACAUGACCAGUGAAGAUUUUGUGCGAAAAUAUUUGGGACUUUUUACAGAUGCUGCAUUUAAUGAUGAAUCCGUCAGACUGUUAGCUGGUAUAGCAGACACAAGCAAAGAUGGCCUUAUUUCAUUUGCUGAAUUUCAAGCUUUUGAAGGUCUACUCUGUACUCCAGAUGCUUUAUACAAAACAGCAUUUCAAUUGUUUGAUCGUAAUGGCAAUGGAUCAGUAUCUCAUGCUGAAUUUGCGGAAGUGGUACAAAAAACCGAACUGCAUUCUAAAAUUCCUUUCAGCUUAGAUGGUCAAUUCAUUCAACGCUACUUUGGCAGAGACAAACAAAGAGUUAUCAACUACAUGGAAUUCUCUCAACUCCUUCACGAUUUCCACGAAGAAUAUGCAAUGGAAGCAUUCCGAAGCAAAGAUCCAGCUGGUACUGGAUACAUUUCACCAUUGGACUUUCAAGAUAUAAUGGUUAAAGUGAAAAGGCAUUUACUCACAGCAGAUGUUAAGGACAAUCUUGUUGCAGUGACAGAAGGACACAAAGUUAGUUUCCCCUACUUCAUGGCAUUCACAUCGCUUCUCAAUAACAUGGAAUUGAUCAAACGUAUCUACCUGUAUGCAACUCAAGGCAAUCGCGUCGAACCCGUCACAAAAGAUGAACUUUUAUUGGCCGCACAAACAAUGAGCCACAUCACACCACUCGAAAUUGAUAUCCUUUUCCAGCUUACCGGUGCACUUCAUCAAACGGGGCGCAUUGUCUACGGUGAUCUAAGCAAUAUUGCUCCAGAGCACUACACCAAACAUAUCACAACGCGCCUGGCUGAUAUCAAGGCUGUUGAUAGUCCUGCUGACAGAUCGGCAUUCAUUCAGAUUCUCGAGAGCUCCUACAGGUUUACUCUUGGUUCAAUUGCUGGAGCUGUUGGUGCAACUGUGGUUUAUCCAAUUGAUUUGGUUAAGACGAGAAUGCAAAAUCAACGUACUGGUUCGUUUAUUGGUGAAAUUGCUUAUAGAAACUCAUGGGAUUGCUUUAAUAAGGUCAUUCGUCACGAAGGUGUUCUUGGUUUAUAUCGUGGCUUGUUACCUCAACUUAUGGGAGUUGCACCUGAAAAAGCUAUUAAGUUGACUGUUAACGAUUUUGUUCGUGAUAAGUUUACCGACAAACAAGGAGUCAUUUCGAAAUAUGCAGAAGUUUUAGCUGGAGCAUGUGCUGGCGCAUCUCAAGUUGUAUUUACUAAUCCAUUAGAAAUUGUUAAGAUUCGACUUCAAGUUGCCGGAGAAAUCGCGGGUGGCGCAAAAGUUCGUGCCUUAUCAGUCGUUCGUGAUUUAGGACUUUUUGGCUUAUACAAAGGAGCUCGUGCCUGCCUUUUACGUGAUGUACCGUUUUCUGCCAUUUAUUUUCCCACUUAUGCUCACACAAAAGCUUUGUUCGCUGACGAGGAUGGAUACAAUCAUCCACUUACUUUGCUUGCUGCUGGUGCCAUUGCUGGUGUUCCAGCUGCAUCUCUGGUUACACCUGCCGAUGUCAUCAAAACUCGCUUACAAGUCGUUGCUCGAACUGGACAAACUACGUACAAAGGAGUUUGGGAUGCGACAAAGAAAAUCAUGGCCGAAGAAGGACCUCGUGCUUUUUGGAAAGGAACUGCUGCUCGUGUUCUCCGAUCAUCACCACAAUUUGGUGUAACGCUUGUCACUUAUGAAUUACUCCAGCGCAUGUUCUUUGUCGAUUUCGGUGGUUCUCAACCCACGGGCUCAGAGGUGAAGAAAUCUAAAGCUAUCGACGAAAGUAUUCAUAGACUAAAUCCAGAUCAUAUUGGCGGUUAUCGUGCGGCUGUGCCCAUGUUGAAUGGCAUUGAAUCCAAAUUUGGUCUUUGUUUGCCACGUUUUGGUAGACCAACACCAUCCACGGGGUCGUGAUUACCCAAAGAAAAAUUUAAGAACGCCAGUUAAGGUUUAUUUUUCAAAGAAUUGUUCAGAAUAACGUCUCUUUCCUUAUUUUGCUAGGAAAACUUUAUGAAUUAAUUAAGUAUAAAUAUAUUGUAGAUCUAAACAAAUUUACAAAAAAAAACAAAAAAAAAAAAAAAUAUUGAAAUGAUUCAACUGUUAACUCAAAAAACAAAAACAAAAAAAUGGUUGAACCAUAAACUUCAACAGAGAUCUUUGUAGGUAAUUUAUUUUUUUAAAAGUUUAUUUUUUCUAUAAUAAAAUAAAAAUAUUCAAAGUCAAACCGUUUUGCUGCGGACCUAAUAAAUAAUCAUAAAACAAAAAAUAAUUGAAUAACUAGAUAAUAUUUUUAUUUCUUUAUUAUUUUUUUUUUUUAACUGAAGAGUGUUCAAUAAUUUCCUUUCGAGAAAUCAAAUUAAAAAAAAAAAAAAACAAAAUCAACGAAAGUUACACACAAAAAUAAAAUACACAAAGUGUACUUUCUUAGUACACGAAUUUGAUUAUCCAACAAACUGUUAAGUUUCACAGUCAAGUGUUAAAUUUUUGUUAACUUUUUUUAUUUUUUGUUUGUAAUUGUUGAUUGUGCCUAGCAUUUAUUUCAUUGAAUUAAGUUUUAAAGAUUAAUUAUAUUAAACGAAGCAAAGAGUAUGUUAAACACAAACUUGUAAAUAUCUAGCCGAAAAAAAAAAAAAUACAUUAUGUUGUUCUUGUU